UUAAUGGCGGAUGAAUGUCUCCACUCUGUGCAGCUCGAGCUCGAGGCCGUGGGGAAGCAGAUUCGCGACCUGGAGGUAAGGCAGGCUCAGCUGAGAGAGCGGAGAGCCGCGCUGGAUUCAUCCCGGGCUGACGCUCACAAGUCCGGGGUAAGUAUACAGCGUGCGGUUAACAGUCCCACCACGUCUACUCCGUGUGUUUCUCUGCGCAGGCCCGGUGCACCCAGGACGCGAUCUUCCCAGAUGUCCUUCACUGCGACGCCAGGACACCACGGACCCUGGGUGCAUCCACAGCGGAGGACGCGAGCUGGGUCCCGUGCGACGACUUCUCCCCCUCCUGCCUUCGAGAUCUCCAUCCGGAACCGCUUCGCUCCCCUCCGCGAGACAGGACGCGAUGCUGUGAUCAUCGGAGACUCCAUCGUCCGACACGUAAGUGCUACGUUAGCUGAAGGUAAAGUGCACACUCAUUGUUUGCCUGGUGCUCGUGUUCUCGAUGUUUCUGCGCAGAUACCCGCGAUCCUGAAGGCCGACGAGAGCCCCAGAGCGGUCGUGCUUCAUGCCGGGGUUAACAACACCACGCUGCGGCAGACGGAGACGCUGAAGAGGGACUUCAGCAGCCUGAUCGAGACGGUUCGCAGCAUGACGCCCGCGGCGACGAUCGUCGUGUCAGGACCACUGCCAACGUAUCGAUGAGGACACGAAAGGUUCAGUAGACUUUUUGCUUUAAAUGAAUGGUUGUUGUCAUGGUGUAAAGAACAGAAACUGCUAUUUGUUAAUAACUGGAAUCUUUUCUGGGAGCGUCCUAGACUGUUUCGCGCUGAUGGAUUACACCCCAGCAGAAUUGGAGCGGAGCUUCUCUCUGACAACAUCUCCAGGACACUUCGCUCCAUGUGACUAGAUUUACACAAGCUCCAGUCUGGAUCCAGAACACCUGAGAAGAGAUGAUGCUGACCCUCAGAGGACCUCAGAUGAUGCUAACCCUGAAUCAACAAACAGAACUAACAAUUAUUGCUAAAUGUGUGACUGAAUCAUAUAAUAACUUAAUUAAUAAUAUUGAUAGUUCAUCGUCUAGCUGACUACGUCUUGUAUUAUUAUUAUUAUUUUUUUUUUUUUUUUCUAAAAUCCUGUCAAAUGUGCACAAACUACUAGCUACUACUAAAUAUUGUAGAAACAUAAUUUUCUGUAAAGUUGCUUUGUAACGAUUUGUUUUGU